AUGAAAAUAGAGCGUCAAGACACUUUCAUGAGAGAUGCCAUACGAGCAAGGGUAAAGUUAGAAGUAACCCUGUGUUUUCUAAGCUCAGGAAUAUCAUACAGGCUGUUAGCAAUAUUUUUUAGGAUUUCAAAAUUCUCCAUAUCAAAAUUUAUACCAGAAGUUUGUGACGUUAUGUAUGAAGCUUUGGACGAAUAUUUGCAGGAGCUUUAUCAUGAAGACCCCCGAGAAUAUAAAGCAGUGCUGAGAGUGACACCCGAACAAGUUGACAAACUUUUAAAUUUAAUAAAAAUGCAAAUAGAGCGUCAAGACACUUUUAUGAGAGAUGCCAUACCAGCAGGGGUAAAGUUAGAAGUAACCCUGUGUUUUCUAAGCUCAGGAAUAUCAUACAGGCUGUUAGCAAUAUUUUUCAGGAUUUCAAAAUCCUCCAUAUUAAAAUUUAUACCAGAAGUUUGUGACGUUAUGUAUGAAGCUUUGGACGAAUAUUUGCAGGUACCAGACAAAAGGGAAUGGGAAGACAUACAAGUAGGAUUUCACCACAGGUGGAAUUUUCCAGGAUGUUGUGGAGCCUUCGACGGCAAACAUGUGUAUCUCGAUGUUUUGGCAAAACCUAUCCAGUUGCAAGAGGAAAGCGCAAUAAAAAUGAUUCGAACUACAUGUGUACUGCACAACUGGUUGCGUAAAUCUUCACUUCACACCUACACACCACCUGGUAGCAUAGAUUAUGAAGAUAUUUUACCUCACUGGUGUUAA